UUUUGGGGGUAAUUGCCUCAAAAUAUUAGGAAUUAGGGGCCAAAAAAGGGGCAAAAAACAAGCAUUUUUCUAGUUUCAUGACAAUAACUUGUGUGUAAGUGUAUGGAUCUUUCUGAAAUUGUACUACAAGGUUCCAUGUCACAACGGGAAAGCUGGAAUUGAGUUUGGGGGUAAUUGCCAAAAACGUUUAGGAAUAAGGGGCCAAAAAAAAGCAUUUUUCUAGUUUCCAUACAAUAACUUGUGUUCAAGUGUAUGGAUCUCUCUGAAAUUGUACUGCAAGGUACCAUACCACAAAGGGAAGGCUGGGAUUGAGUUUGGGGGUGAUGAAUCAUAAGGGGGUUCAAAAAAUUUGGGGGGGUGGGAUUUUUUUUUUUUCCUUUUUUUUCUUUUUUUCCUUUUUUUUUCUUUUAAAAUUUUCCAUUUUAAGUUGGUUAUUUCUGUUUUAUAUUUAAAAGCAAAUAAUAAUGAUAUGGUAGGAGAUACACACCAAACAGGAUGUGUAAAUUAUUAUAUAAUAAGUAUUGUGCAAUAGCAAGAAAUUUUCAAUUGCACAGUAUUGCACAAUAGCAAGAAAUCUUCAAUUGCACAGUAUUGCGCAAUAGCAAGAAAUCUUCAAUUGCACAGUAUUGUGCAAUAGCAAGAAAUAUCCAAUAGCACAAUAUUGCGCAAUAGCAAGAAAUUGUCAAUUGUACAGUAUUGCGCAAUAGCAAGAAAUAUUCAAUUGCACAGUAUUGUGCAAAAGAAGAUACUUCGUAUAAAUUGCUUAUUUCUUGACCAAUUUCAAUGGGGUUUUAUUCUUGAAUUCUUGGGGUUCUUUAAUAUGCUGAUUCUAACCGUGUAUUAAGUUUUUGGAUUUUGGGCCCCGUUUUUAAAUUGGUCCACAUUGAGGUCCAAAGGGUCCAAAAUUAAACUUUGUUUGAUUUCAUCAAAAAUUGAAUUAUUGGGGUUCUUUGAUAUGCCGAAUCUAACCGUGUAUUUAGAUUUUUAAUUUUUGGGUCCGUUUUCAAAUUGGUCUACAUUAAGGUCCAAAGGGUCCAAAAUUAAACUUAGUUUGAUUUUAACAAAAAUUGAAUUCUUAGGGUUCUUUGAUAUGCUGAAUCUAAGCAUGUAUUUAGAUUUUUGAUUAUGGGCCCAGUUUUCAAGUUGGUCCAAAUCGGGGUCCAAAAUUAAACUUUGUUUGAAAACAACAAAAAUUGAAUAUAUUGGGUUCUUUGAUAUGCUGAAUCUAACCAUGUAUUUAGAUUUUUGAUUUUUGGGCCCCAUUAUCAACUUUGUCCACAUUGAGGUCAAAAGGGUCCAAAAUUAAACUUUGUUUGAUUUCAUCAAAAAUUGAAUUCUUGGGGUUCUUUGAUAUGCUGAAUCUAACCAUGUAUUUAGAUUUUGGAUAUUGGACCAUAAUAGGUGAAUGUCCAAUUUAAAAUUUUUAAGUUCUUAGACCACAUUCAUUCUGUGUCAGAAACUAUGCUGUGUCAAAUAUUUAAUCACAAUCCAAAUUCAGAGCUGUAUCAAGCUUGAAUGUUGUGUCCAUACUUGCCCCAACUGUUCAGGGUUCGACCUCUGCGGUCGUAUCAAGCUGCGCCCUGCGGAGCAUUUUAUUAAGCUUUGGUAUUUUAGCUGUUAGAUAUUAAUUUGAUCGGUAUCAAAAAACGUUGAUUGAAAAAUUAGAAUCUUAAGCACAUAUCUUUCCCAAAUCAAAAUUAUAUUUUGAAUAAACCAAACACUGGCAAAAGUCACAUAUCAAACAUUAAAGACAAUGCUACAAAUGAAUAGAAUGCGAAAACACAUAACAAACACCGUAACAACGAUUUAACAUCUUGGGUAAUACAUAUGACGUCAGAAGAGAGGUUCAGCAUGUCCUUCAUUUUAUCUGUCUUAUUGAUAAAUCUGGAAAUUGUUCGGACAAUUAAGACUGACAUAUACUGCGAUUAUAGUAAACAUGAAUCCUAUCUACCCCAAGGAGACUUCUGCAAGAGAUGUGACAGAUGUCCUCCUGGGUUUGGUUUAGAGCAACUGAAGGAUAGGAAAGUUGAAUUUGAUCCAGUUCAUGGUGCCUUGGAAUGCAGACGCUGUGUUGUUUGUACUAAUGGAUGCUUUAGUCAUUCACGAUCAUUUAAAGAAUGUAAACUUUGUAGAAAUUGUACUAGUGAAGGAAGGGUGGAAUUGCGACAAUGUACAGAAACAUCAAAUGCAAAAUGUGGAAACAUUCUACCAGACAUUUCACGUCAAGUUAAAGGAAAAGAUUUGCUAAAGUCUGAAGUGGUACAUGUACCAAACACAGAAGAUGGAAAUGAGAUUGUAUAUGUUCUAGCCGCUGUCAUAGCUUUAUUAAUAGUUACCAUGGUAACUACAAUAUCACUACUUUACAACCACAGAAAACGAUUAGGAGUAUGUAAAAGAAAACUUGUUAUCGACAAGAAUAUCAUCUAUUCCAAGGGACAUAUUGAAAGAGCGAACACAGAACAGAAUCGAAUGUUGGUACCUAAAUACAAUGACAACUCUGUGAUUUGUGAUUUGGAAGAGGAUUGCGAGAAAAUUUCUUUUCCUGUUCUUGAAAUUUGGAAGAAGAAACAUGGUCAUAAUGAAUCUCUUGAUGAUGAACAUAUCUUGUUUCUCAGCAAACUUAUCGCCACAGACAAUACAUUUCAAAAACUUGGAAUACAACUUGGCAUUCCUGAGAACGAGAUAGCCAUUAUAAAAACGGAUCAUUCUGGUGACGUUUCCAACCAGGCAUAUUAUACUCUUCACAAAUGGCGUACGCUUAAAGGCAAAUCAGCAUUUGUACUGGUAAUUUUAAAUGAGUUACAUGAAUUGGAAAGGAACGAUAUCAUUGAAAAGUUCUGUUCAGCGCAUCGAUGACCAACAUUUGGUACUACAACUGUGAAAAAAAGUGCAGCUAAUGCUUAAAUCAGGAUUGUCGAGUACAUAAUACACAUGAAUUAUCAUGAGUUAAGAAAUGCCGACACAAUGGAAUAUCUGGUUCGCGAUGAACAAGAAAUAAAACUCGGAAAUGCGACAGGUGUUCAGCUCCAUAUCAAGACAAAUUUGAUAAAGAAAUGAAAUAUUCAAAAAAUAUGUUUCCUACAUAUUUCUGAACUUAUUGUUUUAAUUGCUACGUGUGAUAUUUGUUGCAAAAGUUAACGCUAAAACAAUUAAAAUAUUUUUACUUGU